UAAGUUGUCUCGUUGUUCAUUUUUUACCUGUGUAAUGACGAUAUAUGUGAUUAUUAUUUAAAAUAGUUUCAAGUAGUUUAAUCAGUUAAUUAUUUAGAAUAGAGAACUUACUACUAAUCCCAAAAAUGUCCGAAAAGCGGAGAAGUGAAGAUGAGAUUAUAAAACCUUUCAAGAGGCGUAAAGCAAUAACAUUAGAAGAGAAAUAUGAAAUUUUAAGUCUUCACGAGUCUGGAAUGAAAGUGAUGGAUCUUGCAUUUAUGUGUCAGUUGUCUCACUCUACAAUAAGCACCAUCUUAAAGAAUAAACAAAAAGUUUUGGAGGAGGUAAAAAGUGCAGGGCCAAUGCAGUCGACUACCAUUAGGAAAAGAGAGGGAUUAAUUCCCGAAGUUGAGAAAGUGUUAAUUGCUUGGAUUAAUCAUCAUACUCGAACUGCUCGUACACCAUUAACCCAAGCUAUAAUUUCUGCCAAAGCAUUAUCUAUCUUCGACACGUUGAAGAAGCAGCGAGGCGAAACGUCAGAGGCAGAGACUUUUAGUGCGAGCAAAGGCUGGUUCGAUCGCUUUAGGAAGAGGGCAGGUUGGCAUAACAUCAAAAUUCAAGGUAAAACUGCAAAAGAGUUUCCAGAAAAAUUGGCAGAAAUUAUUGAAGAAGAAGGCUAUUCCUCGCGACAAAUAUUUAACGUUGACGAAACGGGAUUAUUCUGGAAACGGAUGCCUUCGCGAACUCACAUUGCAAAAGAAGAGAAAUCGAAGCCAGGAUUCAAAGUAUCAAAGGAUCGAGUGACGUUAUUGUUGGGUGCGAAUGCAGCAGGUGAUUGUAAAUUGAAACCUUUGUUGAUUUAUCGUGCGGAGACUCCGAGAGCACUUAAGAGAAUAUACAAGAGAACGCUACCAGUUAUUUGGAGAUGGAAUACUAGAGCUUGGAUGACUGCCUCGAUCUUUGAAGAAUGGUUUUAUAAGCAUUUUGUCCACGAAGUCGAAAAAUAUUGCGCUGAUAAUGAUCUUCCUUUUAAAAUUUUGCUACUUUUAAAUAAUGCACCGGGUCAUCCUUUGAUCCUUCAACACGCUCAUUCUAACAUAAAGAUAAUCUUCUUUCCUCCAAAUAACACUUCAAAUCUUCAACCGAUGUACCAAGGUGUUAUUGCUUCGUUCAAAGCUUAUUAUCUUCGUUUAACAUUUGAAAGAAUGAUGGAGGCGGUCAAUGUGGAAGAAAGCCUAACAGUUCGAGAGUUUUGGAGACAAUUCAGUAUUUUGGAUGCUAUAAAAAUCAUUAUAGAUGCCUGGAAUGAAAUCUCCGAAUCGCAUAUGAAGGGAGUUUGGAAGAAACUCUGUCCACAGUUCGUUGAGGACUUUGAAGGUUUCGAAUCUUCUUUGGAAAAGGCAAUGACAUCUGUGGUAGAUAUAGCAAAUCGAUUGGCUUUACAAGUCUCUAUAGAAGAUGUAAAUGAAUUGCUAAACUCGCACGAAAAGGAGCCUACCAUUGAAGAACUUAUCGAAAUUGCAGAACAGGGAACCAUUGAAAAAUGCGAGGAAGAAGAAAUUGCAGAACAAGAAGCUAUCGUAAAAGACGAAAAAGAAGAGCAAAGAACCUUCGAAGAAGACAAAGAACUUGAAGAACCUAACCUUACGGCCGCCUUUGCUUUAGAAAGACUUAAAGAGGCCUUUGAAAAAAUUGAUUCUGGUUUAAAAAUUUUGGAAACUGACGAUCCAAAUUUUGAACGGAGUUCAAAAGUUAUAGACGUGGUCAGAAAUGCCUUGUCAUGUUAUAAGAAAAUAUAUCGAGAA